GUUCCUGGUUAGUUUCAUGGUGGACGCGCGCGGCGGCUCCAUGCGGGGAAGUCGUCAUAACGGGAUGCGCAUUAUCAUCCCGCCCAGGAAGUGCACGGCUCCGACACGCAUCACCUGCCGCCUGGUGAAGAGGCACAAGCUGGCCACUCCCCCACCGAUGGUGGAUGGAGAGGGAUUGGCCAGCAGGCUGGUGGAGGUGGGGCCUGCUGGAGCUCAGUUCCUGGGGUAGGCCUUUACAUUGUUUAUUUACCUGUUUGUUAGUUUUGAAGCUUCUUUCCUCAUCUCCAUGGAAACCAUCUGUUCUUGUAGUGUUUGGUGUUGAGUUGUUUAGUGUGGUAGUGGUGUUUCAGUGUUUAGAUAGAGGAGCUUGCCCACCUUUGUUCCAAUGCCAACACAGACCCCCAGUAGACCCCAGCACCACUAAAGGAUUGGAGGUCAGUCUGCUACUUUAUCACAUAGCAUCCUGCAGAUAGCACUACUCUCCAUAGUUGAACACUUCUACCAUAUGUUGGAUUGUCAUAGAAAGAGACUGUUUAAAGACCAAACUAAAGAGUGCAGCCUCCAAACAGUGAUGCUGAUGCUGUCCUAGAGGCAGCAUCACAGAACAAGCAUCCACACAGUGAUGCUGAUGAUGUCCUAGAGGCAGCAUCACAGAACAAGCCUCCACACAGUGAUGCUAAUGAUGUCCUAGAGGCAGCAUCACAGAACAAGCCUCCAAACAGUGAUGCUAAUGAUGUCCUAGAGACAGCAUCACAGAACACGCCUCCACACAGUGAUGCUAAUGAUGUCCUAGAGGCAGCAUCACAGAACAAGCAUCCACACAGUGAUGCUGAUGCUGUCCUAGAGGCAGCAUCACAGAACAAGCCUCCACACAGUGAUGCUAAUGAUGUCAGAGGCAGCAUCACAGAACAAGCCUCCACACAGUGAUGCUAAUGAUGUCCUAGAGGCAGCAUCACAGAACAAGCAUCCACACAGUGAUGCUGAUGCUGUCCUAGAGGCAGCAUCACAGAACAAGCCUCCACACAGUGAUGCUAAUGAUGUCCUAGAGGCAGCAUCACAGAACAAGCAUCCACACAGUGAUGCUGAUGCUGUCCUAGAGGCAGCAUCACAGAACAAGCCUCCACACAGUGAUGCUAAUGAUGUCAGAGGCAGCAUCACAGAACAAGCCUCCACACAGUGAUGCUAAUGAUGUCCUAGAGGCAGCAUCACAGAACAAGCAUCCACACAGUGAUGCUGAUGCUGUCCUAGAGGCAGCAUCACAGAACAAGCCUCCACACAGUGAUGCUAAUGAUGUCAGAGGCAGCAUCACAGAACAAGCCUCCACACAGUGAUGCUAAUGAUGUCAGAGGCAGAAUCACAGAACAAGCCUCCACACAGUGAUGCUAAUGAUGUCUUAGAGGCAGCAUCACGGAACAAGCCUCCACACAGUGAUGCUAAUGAUGUCUUAGAGGCAGCAUCACAGAACAAGCCUCCACACAGUGAUGCUAAUGAUGUCCUAGAGACAGCAUCACAGAACACGCCUCCACACAGUGAUGCUAAUGAUGUCCUAGAGGCAGCAUCACAGAACAAGCAUCCACACAGUGAUGCUAAUGAUGUCCUAGAGACAGCAUCACAGAACAAGCCUCCACACAGUGAUGCUAAUGAUGUCAGAGACAGCAUCACAGAACAAGCCUCCACACAGUGAUGCUAAUGAUGUCCUAGAGACAGCAUCACAGAACAAGCCUCCACACAGUGAUGCUAAUGAUGUCCUAGAGGCAGCAUCACAGAACAAGCCUCCACACAGUGAUGCUAAUGAUGUCUUAGAGGCAGCAUCACAGAACAAGCCUCCACACAGUGAUGCUAAUGCUGUCAGAGACAGCAUCACAGAACACGCCUCCACACAGUGAUGCUAAUGCUGUCCUAGAGACAGCAUCACAGAACAAGCCUCCACACAGUGAUGCUAAUGAUGUCUUAGAGGCAGCAUCACAGAACAAGCCUCCACACAGUGAUGCUAAUGAUGUCCUAGAGGCAACAUCACAGAACAAGCCUCCACACAGUGAUGCUAAUGAUGUCCUAGAGACAGCAUCACAGAACAAGCCUCCACACAGUGAUGCUAAUGAUGUCCUAGAGGCAGCAUCACAGAACAAGCCUCCACACAGUGAUGCUAAUGAUGUCUUAGAGGCAGCAUCACAGAACAAGCCUCCACACAGUGAUGCUAAUGCUGUCCUAGAGACAGCAUCACAGAACACGCCUCCACACAGUGAUGCUAAUGAUUUUAGAGGCAGCAUCCCAGAACACUUUAGGUGUGGUCAGAUGGCCAUUUGUUCAUGUGCUGUUCUGUAGGAAUGCCAGUUUGUUGCUCAUAUCAUCUUCUGUGUCUCUUAAUGCUGCUUGGAUGUGACUCAGUAAACUGCACCUUCCUAGAAAGCUCCCAUGUCUAGACGAUGGAGAGAUGUUGGUUAGCCGAGUCCUGCAGCUGGGGCCACCAGGAACUAAGUUUAUUGGGUAGGAGGACCAUCCCAUAGAGAUACAUCAGGCUGUCCAUGCUAGAUAAUAUUAGGACCAUCCCAUAGAGAGACAUCAGGCUGUCCAUGCUAGAUAAUAUUAGGACCAUCCCAUAGAGAGACAUCAGGCUGUCCAUGCUAGAUAAUAUUAGGACCAUCCCAUAGAGAGACAUCAGGCUGUCCAUGCUAGAUAAUAUUAGGACCAUCCCAUAGAGAGACAUCAGGCUGUCCAUGCUAGAUAAUAUUAGGACCAUCCCAUAGAGAGACAUCAGGCUGUCCAUGCUAGAUAAUAUUAGGACCAUCCCAUAGAGAGACAUCAGGCUGUCCAUGCUAGAUAAUAUUAGGACCAUCCCAUAGAGAGACAUCAGGCUGUCCAUGCUAGAUAAUAUUAGGACCAUCCCAUAGAGAGACAUCAGGCUGUCCAUGCUAGAUAAUAUUAGGACCAUCCCAUAGAGAGACAUCAGGCUGUCCAUGCUAGAUAAUAUUAGGACCAUCCCAUAGAGAGACAUCAGGCUGUCCAUGCUAGAUAAUAUUAGGACCAUCCCAUAGAGAGACAUCAGGCUGUCCAUGCUAGAUAAUAUUAGGACCAUCCCAUAGAGAGACAUCAGGCUGUCCAUGCUAGAUAAUAUUAGGACCAUCCCAUAGAGAGACAUCAGGCUGUCCAUGCUAGAUAAUAUUAGGACCAUCCCAUAGAGAGACAUCAGGCUGUCCAUGCUAGAUAAUAUUAGGACCAUCCCAUAGAGAGACAUCAGGCUGUCCAUGCUAGAUAAUAUUAGGACCAUCCCAUAGAGAGACAUCAGGCUGUCCAUGCUAGAUAAUAUUAGGACCAUCCCAUAGAGAGACAUCAGGCUGUCCAUGCUAGAUAAUAUUAGGACCAUCCCAUAGAGAGACAUCAGGCUGUCCAUGCUAGAUAAUAUUAGGACCAUCCCAUAGAGAGACAUCAGGCUGUCCAUGCUAGAUAAUAUUAGGACCAUCCCAUAGAGAGACAUCAGGUGUCCAUGAUAGAAUAUUAGGACCAUCCCAUAGAGCCUGUCCAUGCUAGAUAAUAUUAGGACCAUCCCAUAGAGAGACAUCAGGCUGUCCAUGCUAGAUAAUAUUAGGACCAUCCCAUAGAGAGACAUCAGGCUGUCCAUGCUAGAUAAUAUUAGGACCAUCCCAUAGAGAGACAUCAGGCUGUCCAUGCUAGAUAAUAUUAGGACCAUCCCAUAGAGAGACAUCAGGCUGUCCAUGCUAGAUAAUAUUAGGACCAUCCCAUAGAGAGACAUCAGGCUGUCCAUGCUAGAUAAUAUUAGGACCAUCCCAUAGAGAGACAUCAGGCUGUCCAUGCUAGAUAAUAUUAGGACCAUCCCAUAGAGAGACAUCAGGCUGUCCAUGCUAGAUAAUAUUAGGACCAUCCCAUAGAGAGACAUCAGGCUGUCCAUGCUAGAUAAUAUUAGGACCAUCCCAUAGAGAGACAUCAGGCUGUCCAUACUAGAUAAUAUUAGGACCAUCCCAUAGAGAGACAUCAGGCUGUCCAUGCUAGAUAAUAUUAGGACCAUCCCAUGGAGCGACAUCAGGCUGUCCAUGCUAGAUAAUAUUAGGACCAUCCCAUAGAGAGACAUCAGGCUGUCCAUGCUAGAUAAUAUUAGGACCAUCCCAUAGAGAGACAUCAGGCUGUCCAUGCUAGAUAAUAUUAGGACCAUCCCAUGGAGCGACAUCAGGCUGUCCAUGCUAGAUAAUAUUAGGACCAUCUCCAUCACCACCAUGUGAUUCUGAGUUCUAACCACCUCCAUUCGUAUCUGUGUUAAAUCUUUCAGUGGACGUUGUGUGUUGGCUGUUGGCUGUUGGCUGUUGGCUGGUGUAAGCUUGGGCUCUUCCCCUCCUGUCUGUUUCAGCUCUUCCUGCUUGUUGGGCCUGAGACUCAGUGCUACACCAGUAUCCUGCUAUCAUGACUGUUGAUCCUUUCCCAAGUUUGGUUACUAGCCUGAAACCUCCCUUAACAAUAUGAGCUAACUUUGAUCUGAAUAAUGGAGAAGGCUGGGUAUCUAUGGCCUCAGUCUCUACUAAGUUUCUACUCCCCUCACUAGGUAUAGUAUCUCCUGUCACUUUAAUGUCCAGAAGAGGAGGGACUCACAUCUUAUUACACGUUUUCAAUUUGCUAGAUAAAAUACGAAAUUAGGCUACAUAUCAAUUCUUCCUCUUGAGUUAUGUUUAGUGUAUAAUUGUCCUGUGUGGCAUGUCAUAGUGCAUGCUUCCAUCAUACCUACAUCCCUGGUUGUCUUCCUGUUCUCAGACUGGGCCUCUCUGCCUUCCCCCUCCAUCCCUGGUUGUCUUCCUGUUCUCAGACUGGGCCUCUCUGCCUUCCCCCUCCAUCCCUGGUUGUCUUCCUGUUCUCAGACUGGGCCUCUCUGCCUUCCCCCUCCAUCCCUGGUUGUCUUCCUGUUCUCAGACUGGGCCUCUCUGCCUUCCCCCUCCAUCCCUGGUUGUCUUCCUGUUCUCAGACUGGGCCUCUCUGCCUUCCCCCUCCAUCCCUGGUUGUCUUCCUGUUCUCAGACUGGGCCUCUCUGCCUUCCCCCUCCAUCCCUGGUUGUCUUCCUGUUCUCAGACUGGGCCUCUCUGCCUUCCCCCUCCAUCCCUGGUUGUCUUCCUGUUCUCAGACUGGGCCUCUCUGCCUUCCCCCUCCAUCCCUGGUUGUCUUCCUGUUCUCAGACUGGGCCUCUCUGCCUUCCCCCUCCAUCCCUGGUUGUCUUCCUGUUCUCAGACUGGGCCUCUCUGCCUUCCCCCUCCAUCCCUGGUUGUCUUCCUGUUCUCAGACUGGGCCUCUCUGCCUUCCCCCUCCACAUAUUGCAGCUUCUCGUCAGCGUCCGUCUGGUCUGGCUGCUCCAUGCGUCAUGUCUGUUGUAAUAAAGCCAGCAUGUUGACAGCUGUUCCCAUUCCAUUACCAAUGCUACCAUGAAAGCAUUCCAGGUCUAUUAGGUCUGCUCCCUCCAUCCUGAGGGAUGACUAUAUCAGUCAUGUGGCGUCAUACCAACAGCACCUUCACCUCUCCUCUGUCAUCCCAGUCGGCUCGGGAGGGGCGGCCAUAUUGGGGCUAUAGUGUUGUGGUUUCUUUGUAACCACUGAGAAAGCCCUGUGGUUUCCCCGACAGCCCUGUGAUCGUGGAGAUCCCCCAUUUUGGUUCAAUGAGGGGGAAGGAGAGAGAGCUGAUCAUGCUGAGGAGUGAGAACGGAGAGACCUGGAAGGAACAUCAGGACGACUACAAGACAGAUGACCUCAAUGAGCUGCUCAACGGCAUGGAUGAAGGUAUGGAGGAUAUUAUAGAACUAUCAUUCAGAUGGAUGAAGGUAUGGAGGAUAUUAUACAACUAUCAUUCAGAUGGAUGAAGGUAUGGAGGAUAUUAUACAACUAUCAUUCAGAUGGAUGAAGGUAUGGAGGAUAUUAUAGAACUAGCAUUCAGAUGGAUGAAGGUAUGGAGGAUAUUAUACAACUAGCAUUCAGAUGGAUGAAGGUAUGGAGUAUAUUAUACAACUAGCAUUCAGAUGGAUGAAGGUAUGGAGUAUAUUAUACAACUAGCAUUCAGAUGGAUGAAGGUAUGGAGUAUAUUAUACAACUAGCAUUCAGAUGGAUGAAGGUAUGGAGUAUAUUAUACAACUAGCAUUCAGAUGGAUGAAGGUAUGGAGGAUAUUAUACAACUAUCAUUCAGAUGGAUGAAGGUAUGGAGUAUAUUAUACAACUAUCAUUCAGAUGGAUGAAGGUAUGGAGUAUAUUAUACAACUAUCAUUCAGAUGGAUGAAGGUAUGGAGUAUAUUAUACAACUAUCAUUCAGAUGGAUGAAGGUAUGGAGUAUAUUAUACAACUAUCAUUCAGAUGGAUGAAGGUAUGGAGUAUAUUAUAGAACUAUCAUUCAGAUGGAUGAAGGUAUGGAGUAUAUUAUAGAACUAUCAUUCAGAUGGAUGAAGGUAUGGAGUAUAUUAUAGAACUAUCAUUCAGAUGGAUGAAGGUAUGGAGUAUAUUAUACAACUAGCAUUCAGAUGGAUGAAGGUAUGGAGUAUAUUAUAGAACUAUCAUUCAGAUGGAUGAAGGUAUGAAGUAUAUUAUAGAACUAUCAUUCAGAUGGAUGAAGGUAUGGAGUAUAUUAUACAACUAUCAUUCAGAUGGAUGAAGGUAUGGAGUAUAUUAUACAACUAUCAUUCAGAUGGAUGAAGGUAUGGAGGAUAUUAUACAACUAUCAUUCAGAUGGAUGAAGGUAUGGAGUAUAUUAUACAACUAGCAUUCAGAUGGAUGAAGGUAUGGAGUAUAUUAUACAACUAGCAUUCAGAUGGAUGAAGGUAUGGAGUAUAUUAUACAACUAUCAUUCAGAUGGAUGAAGGUAUGGAGUAUAUUAUAGAACUAUCAUUCAGAUGGAUGAAGGUAUGGAGGAUAUUAUACAACUAUCAUUCAGAUGGAUGAAGGUAUGGAGGAUAUUAUACAACUAUCAUUCAGAUGGCUGAAGGUAUGGAGGAUAUUAUACAACUAUCAUUCAGAUGGCUGAAGGUAUGGAGUAUAUUAUAGAACUAGCAUUCAGAUGGAUGAAGGUAUGGAGUAUAUUAUAGAACUAUCAUUCAGAUGGAUGAAGGUAUGGAGUAUAUUAUACAACUAUCAUUCAGAUGGAUGAAGGUAUGGAGUAUAUUAUACAACAACUAUCAUUCAGAUGGAUGAAGGUAUGGAGUAUAUUAUAGAACUAUCAUUCAGAUGGAUGAAGGUAUGGAGUAUAUUAUAGAACUAUCAUUCAGAUGGAUGAAGGUAUGGAGUAUAUUAUAGAACUAUCAUUCAGAUGGAUGAAGGUAUGGAGUAUAUUAUAGAACUAUCAUUGAUUCUGGACAGUUCAGUGUAAUAAUCAUUCUGUUGUCUCUACCUCCACAGAGAUGGACAGUUCAGUGUAAUAAUCAUUCUGUUGUCUCUACCUCCACAGAGAUGGACAGUUCAGUGGGAAUAAUCAUUAUGUUAUCUCUACCCCCCACAGAGAUGGACAGUUUCAGUGUAAUAAUCAUUCUGUUGUCUCUACCUCCACAGAGAUGGACAGUUCAGUGUAAAAUCAUUCUGUUGUCUCUACCUCCACGAGAUGGACAGUUCAGUGUAAUAAUCAUUCUGUUGUCUCUACCUCCCACAGAGAUGGACCCGUUCAGUGUAAAAAUCAUUCUGUAAUCUCUACCCCACAGAGAUGGAAGUUCAGUGUAAUAACAUUCUGUAAUCUCUACCUCCACAGAGAUGGACAGUUCAGUGUAAUAAUCAUUCUGUAAUCUCUACCUCCACAGAGAUGGACAGUUCAGUGUAAUAAUCAUUCUGUUGUCUCUACCUCCACAGAGAUGGACAGUUCAGUGUAAUAAUCAUUAUGUAAUCUCUACCUCCACAGAGAUGGACAGUUCAGUGUAAUAAUCAUUCUGUUGUCUCUACCUCCACAGAGCUGGACAGUUUCAGUGUAAUAAUCAUUCUGUUGUCUCUACCUCCACAGAGAUGGACAGUUCAGUGUAAUAAUCAUUCUGUAAUCUCUACCUCCACAGAGAUGGACAGUUCAGUGUAAUAAUCAUUCUGUAAUCUCUACCUCCACAGAGAUGGACAGUUCAGUGUAAUAAUCAUUCUGUAAUCUCUACCUCCACAGAGAUGGACAGUUCAGUGUAAUAAUCAUUCUGUUGUCUCUACCUCCACAGAAAUGGACAGUUCAGUGUAAUAAUCAUUCUGUUGUCUCUACCUCCACAGAGAUGGACAGUUCAGUGUAAUAAUCAUUCUGUAAUCUCUACCUCCACAGAGAUGGACAGUUCAGUGUAAUAAUCAUUCUGUUGUCUCUACCUCCACAGAGAUGGACAGUUCAGUGUAAUAAUCAUUAUGUUGUCUCUACCUCCACAGAGAUGGACAGUUCAGUGUAAUAAUCAUUCUGUUGUCUCUACCUCCACAGAGCUGGACAGUUCAGUGUAAUAAUCAUUCUGUUGUCUCUACCUCCACAGAGAUGGACAGUUCAGUGUAAUAAUCAUUCUGUUGUCUCUACCUCCACAGAGAUGGACAGUUCAGUGUAAUAAUCAUUCUGUUGUCUCUACCUCCACAGAGAUGGACAGUUCAGUGUAAUAAUCAUUAUGUAAUCUCUACCUCCACAGAGAUGGACAGUUCAGUGUAAUAAUCAUUCUGUUGUCUCUACCUCCACAGAGCUGGACAGUUCAGUGUAAUAAUCAUUCUGUUGUCUCUACCUCCACAGAGCUGGACAGUUCAGUUGUAAUAAUCAUUCUGUUUGUCUCUACCUCCACAGAGAUGGACAGUUCAGUGUAAUAAUCAUUCUGUUGUCUCUACCUCCACAGAGAUGGACAGUUCAGUUGUAAUAAUCAUUCUGUUGUCUCUACCUCCACAGAGAUGGACAGUUCAGUGUAAUAAUCAUUCUGUUGUCUCUACCUCCACAGAGAUGGACAGUUCAGUGUAAUAAUCAUUCUGUUGUCUCUACCUCCACAGAGAUGGACAGUUCAGUGUAAUAAUCAUUCUGUUGUCUCUACCUCCACAGAGAUGGACAGUUCAGUGUAAUAAUCAUUAUGUUGUCUCUACCUCCACAGAGAUGGACAGUUCAGUGUAAUAAUCAUUCUGUUGUCUCUACCUCCACAGAGAUGGACAGUUCAGUGUAAUAAUCAUUCUGUUGUCUCUACCUCCACAGAGAUGGACAGUUCAGUGUAAUAAUCAUUAUGUUGUCUCUACCUCCACAGAGAUGGACAGUUCAGUGUAAUAAUCAUUCUGUUGUCUCUUCCUCCACAGAGAUGGACAGUUCAGUGUAAUAAUCAUUCUGUUGUCUCUACCUCCACAGAGAUGGACAGUUCAGUGUAAUAAUCAUUCUGUUGUCUCUACCUCCACAGAGAUGGACAGUUCAGUGUAAUAAUCAUUCUGUUGUCUCUUCCUCCACAGAGAUGGACAGUUCAGUGUAAUAAUCAUUCUGUUGUCUCUACCUCCACAGAGAUGGACAGUUCAGUGUAAUAAUCAUUAUGUUAUCUCUACCUCCACAUAGAUGGACAGUUCAGUGUAAUAAUCAUUAUGUAAUCUCUACCUCCACAGAGAUGGACAGUUCAGUGUAAUAAUCAUUCUGUUGUCUCUACCUCCACAGAGAUGGACAGUUCAGUGUAAUAAUCAUUCUGUAAUCUCUACCUCCACAGAGAUGGACAGUUCAGUGUAAUAAUCAUUCUGUUGUCUCUACCUCCACAGAGAUGGACAGUUCAGUGUAAUAAUCAUUCUGUUGUCUCUACCUCCACAGAGAUGGACAGUUCAGUGUAAUAAUCAUUCUGUUGUCUCUACCUCCACAGAGAUGGACAGUUCAGUGUAAUAAUCAUUCUGUUGUCUCUACCUCCACAGAGAUGGACAGUUCAGUGUAAUAAUCAUUCUGUUGUCUCUACCUCCACAGAGAUGGACAGUUCAGUGUAAUAAUCAUUCUGUUGUCUCUACCUCCACAGAGAUGGACAGUGCCGAGGACCUGGAGAAGAAGCGUAUCUGUCGCAUCAUCACCAAGGAUUUCCCACAGUACUUUGCGGUGGUGUCUCGUAUCAGACAGGAGAGCAGCCAGAUGGGCCCAGAGGGAGGAGUCCUCUCCAGCCUGACACUCCCAUUGGUCCAGGCCUCCUUCCCCGAGGGGGCGCUCACCAAAAAGAUACGCGUGGGACUGCAGGUUGGUCUGGUCACAAUGCUGAACUGUUCUGGGAACAAUUGGGGAAACGAUCGCACUGUACUUGUUUACUGUAGUUGUUAUGAGAAGAAUGAAUCACUUGUUGAAUAAGGAUAGGAGGCGUGUUAUAACUGUGGAACAGCGUUUCUGAUUGGCUUAUUAUGAAUUAUGAUUCUGAUUGGUUCUAGGCCCAGCCGGCUCCUGAUGACAUGGUGAAGAAGAUCCUUGGUAACCGGGCAACCUUCAGUCCCAUAGUGACGGUGGAACCUCGACGCAGGAAGUUCCACAAACCCAUCACCAUGACGAUCCCGGUCCCGCCCCUGUCAGGGGAGGGGGUUAGCAAUGGCUACAAGGGAGACUCCACCCCCUGCCUGAGGUUGCUAUGCAGCAUCACCGGCGGAACCUCUCCUGCCCAAUGGGAGGACAUCACUGGGACCACACCCCUAACCUUCGUCAACGACUGUGUCUCCUUCACUACCAAUGUCUCUGCCAGGUAAGACUGUCUCCUUCACUACCAAUGUCUCUGCCAGGUAAGACUGUCUCCUUCACCACCAAUGUCUCUGCCAGGUAAGACUGUCUCCUUCACUACCAAUGUAUCUGCCAGGUAAGACUGUCUCCUUCACCACCAAUAUCUCUGCCAGGUAAGACUGUCUCCUUCACUACCAAUGUCUCUGCCAGGUAAGACUGUCUCCUUCACUACCAAUAUCUCUGCCAGGUAAGACUGCCUCCUUCACUACCAAUGUCUCUGCCAGGUAAGACUGUCUCCUUCACUACAAAAUAUCUCUGCCAGGUAAGACUGCCUCCUUCACCACCAAUGUAUCUGCCAGGUAAGACUGUCUCCUUCACCACCAAUAUCUCUGCCAGGUAAGACUGCCUCCUUCACCACCAAUGUCUCUGCCAGGUAAGAAAAGUUUAGUAAGACAAAAGGUAAUAUAACUGGGUUUAGUAUUAUCACUGACUACUGGCUUUACUGGGUUAUUAAGUCAUUUUACAUUCUAUGUGAUUAUAAUACAGAUUGAAUAACAAAACAAUACUAUACAUUACAGAACAUAACAUAUACUGAACAAGCAACAGAUCAUAUAAGGAAAUCAGUCAAUUGAAAUAAGUUAAUUAGGCCCUGAAGAGCUCAGUGACUUUCAACAUGGCACCGUCAUAGGAUGCCACCUUUCCAACAAGUCAGUUAGUCUAAUUUCUGCCCUGCUAGAGCUGCCCCGGUCAACUGUAAGUGCUGUUAUUGUGAAGUGGAAACGUCUAGAAUCAACAACGGCUCAGGCGCGAGGUGGUAGGCCACACAAGCUCACAGAACGGGACCGCCGAUUGCUGAAGCGCGUAGCGCGUAAAAAUCGUCUAUCCUCGGUUGCAACACUCCACUACCGAGUUCCAAAAUGCCUCUGGAUGCAACAUCAGCACAAGAACUGUUAGUCGGGAGCUUCAUGAAAUGGGUUUCCAUGGCCGAGCAGCCGCACACAAGCCUAAGAUAACCAUGCGCAAUGCUGAGCGUCGGCUGGAGUGGUGCAAAGCUCGCCGCCAUUGGACUCUGGAGCAGUGGAAAUGGGUUCUCUAGAGUGAUGAAUCAUACUUCACCAUCUGGCAGUCUGACGGACAAAUCUGGGUUUGCCUGAUGCCAGGAGAACGCUACCUGCCCGAAUGCGUAGUGCCAACUGUAAAGUUUGGUGGAGGAGGGAUAAUUGUCUGGGGCCGUUUUUCAGGGUUUGCCCUAGGCCCCUUAGUUCCAGUGAAGGGAAAUAUUAAUGCUACAGCAUACAAUGGCAUUCUAGACGAUUCUGUGCUUCCAUCUUUGCGGAAACAGUUUGAGGAAGGCCGUUUCCUGUUUCAGCAUGACAAUGCCUCCGUGCACAAAGCGAGGUCCAUACAGAAAUCGUUUAUUGAGAUCGGUGUGGAAGAACUUGACUGGCCUGCACAGAGCCCUGACCUCAACCCCAUCGAACACCUUUGGGAUGAAUUGGAACGCCAACUGCGAGCCAGGCCUAAUCGCCCAACAUCACUGUCCAACCUCACUAAUGCUCUUGUGGCUGAAUGGAAGCAAGUCCCACAGCAAUGUUCCAACAUCUAGUGGAAAGCCUUCCCAGAAGAGUGGAGGUUGUUAUAGCAGCAAAGGGGGGACCAACUCCAUAUUAAUGCCCAUGAUUUUGGAAUGAGAUGUUGGACAAGCUGGUGUAUUUUCACUGUUAUUACCUCCCUUACUUUCUGUCUUCCUGUUUUCUUUCCUCCUCUACUCUGUCCUCCUGUAUCUGUCCUCUGUCCUGUGUGUGUUUCUAACCUGUAUCUGUCCUCUGUCCUGUGUGUGUUUCUAACCUGUAUCUGUCCUCUGUCCUGUGUGUGUUUCUAACCUGUAUUUGUCCUCUGUCCUGUGUGUGUUUCUAACCUGUAUCUGUCCUCUGUCCUGUGCUUGUUUCUAACCUGUAUCUGUCCUCUGUCCUGUGUGUGUUUCUAACCUGUAUCUGUCCUCUGUCCUGUGCUUGUUUCUAACCUGUAUCUGUCCUCUGUCCUGUGUGUGUUUCUAACCUGUAUCUGUCCUCUGUCCUGUGUGUGUUUCUAACCUGUAUCUGUCCUCUGUCCUGUGUGUGUUUCUAACCUGUCUCUGUCCUCUGUCCUGUGUGUGUUUCUAACCUGUCUCUGUCCUCUGUCCUGUGUGUGUUUCUAACCUGUAUCUGUCCUCUGUCCUGUGUGUGUUUCUAACCUGUCUCUGUCCUCUGUCCUGUGUGUGUUUCUAACCUGUAUCUGUCCUCUGUCCUGUGUGUGUUUCUAACCUGUCUCUGUCCUCUGUCCUGUGUGUGUUUCUAACCUGUAUCUGUCCUCUGUCCUGUGUGUGUUUCUAACCUGUAUCUGUCCUCUGUCCUGUGUGUGUUUCUAACCUGUCUCUGUCCUCUGUCCUGUGUGUGUUUCUAACCUGUCUCUGUCCUCUGUCCUGUGUGUGUUUCUAACCUGUCUCUGUCCUCUGUCCUGUGUGUGUUUCUAACCUGUCUCUGUCCUCUGUCCUGUGUGUGUUCCAGGUUCUGGCUAGCUGACUGCCACCAGAUCCCAGAGACAGUAGGCCUGGCCAGUCAGCUGUAUAGAGAGCUCAUCUGUGUUCCUUACAUGGCCAAGUUCGUGGUGUUCGCCAAGAUGAACGACCCUAUGGAGUCCCACCUGCGCUGCUUCUGUAUGACAGACGACAAGGUGGACAAAACCCUGGAACAGCAGGAGAAUUUUGAGGAGGUGGCCAGGAGCAAAGACAUUGAGGUGGGUUUCAGCUCAAUGGGUGUAACUUAUGUUGACAAUUUUGAUUCCUUUUGGAAACAAAGCACGUUUUAUAAGGAGGAUGGGAUCCACCCAAAUAAUAUGGGUUCCUGGAUCCUUUCACAGCAUUAUAAGGCUGCGUUGAGACAAUGACUUAUCAAUGACCCAAGCCCAGCUCAGUUAAUCACUACCAUUGUGUCGCUGAGUCAUCAUAAUGCUUUAGCAAAUGUACAUUAUACCAGGGACAUUGGUAGACACAAUGUAAGUAACCUAAUUUAUGUCCCUCUAACUGCCCUGAAUGCCUCUGCUGAUCCUACAACUAUUGGAUGCAGUAAUCAUGUGUCUAUGAACCGAGGAGGAAGUCCACUGUGUGCAGCUCACCCUGCACUAACAUAAAGAACAUGAGCACAUCUACUGCUGCUAAGCUUCCCAGUAAAGCAAUAAAAACAAGCAAGCUUCCCAGAAAAGUGCUAAAGAUAGCCCACACUACCAGGGUAGUUAUAAACAGUACAGGAAUGAAAUCAUCAACAUGUAUUGAUCAUAUCUUUACUAAUGCUGUAGAAAUGUGCUUGAAAGCAGUAACCAGAUCCAUCGGAUGUAGUGAUCACAAUAGAGUAGCCAUAUCUAGGAAAACCAAAGUUCCAAAGGCUGGGCCUAAUAUAGUGUAUAAGAGGUCAUACAAUAAGUUUUGUAGUGAUUCCUAUGUUGUUGAUGUAAAGAAUAUUUGCUGGUCUGUGGUGUGUAAUGAGGAGCAAACAGACACUGCACUUGACACAUUUAUGAAAUUGCUUAUUCCAGUUACUAAUAAGCAUGCACCCAUUAAGAAAAUGACUACAAAAACUGUUAAAUCCCAAUGGAUUGAUGAGGAAUUGAAAAAUGGCUUGGUUGAGAGGGAUGAGGCAAAAGGAAAGGCAAAUAGGUCUGGCUGCACAACCGAUUGGCAAACGUAUUGCAAAUUGAGAAAUCAUGUGACUAAACUGAAUAAAAAGAAGAAGAAACUACACUAUGAAACAAAGAUAAAUGACAUAAAGAAUGAUAGUAAAAAGCUUUGGAGCACCUUCAAUGACAUUUUGGGCAAAAAGGCAAACUCAGCUCCAUCAUUCAUUGAAUCAGAUGGCUCAUUCAUCACAAAACCCACUGAUAUUGCCAACUACUAAUUAUUUUUUAAUUGGCAAGAUUAGCAAACUUAGGUAUGACAUGCCAGCAACCAACGCUGACACUACACAUCCAAGUUUAUCUGACCAAAUUAUGAAAGACAAGAAUUGUAAUUUUGAAUUCCGUAAAGUGAGUGUGGAAGAGGUGAACAAAUUAUUGUUGUCUAUUAACAAUGACAAGCCACCGGGGUCUGACAACUUGGAUGGAAAAUUACUGAGGAUAAUAGCGGACGAUAUUGCCACUCCUAUUUGCCAUAUCUUCAAUUUAAGCCUACUAGAAAGUGUGUGCCCUCAGGCCUGGAGGGAAGCAAAAGUCAUUCCGCUACCUAAGAAUAGUAAAGCCCCCUUAACUGGCUCAAAUAGCCGACCAAUCAGCCUGUUACCAACCCUUAGUAAACUAUUGGAAAAAAUGGUGUUUGACCAGAUACAAUGCUAUUUUACAGUAAACAAAUUGACAAUAGACUUUCAGCAUGCUUACAGAGAAGGACAUUCAAUAAGCACAGCACUUACACAAAUGACUGAUGAUUGGCUGAGAGAAAUUGAUGAUAAAAAGAUUGUGGGGGCUGUUUUGUUAGACUUCAGUGCGGAUUUUGACAUUAUCGAUCAUAGUCUGCUGCUGGAAAAACGUAUGUGUUAUGGCUUUACACCCCCUGCUAUAUUGUGGAUACAGAGUUACCUGUCUAACAGAACACAGAGGGUGUUCUUUAAUGAAGCCUCUCCAAGCCUCUCCAACAUAAUCCAGGUAGAAUCAGGAAUUCCCCAGGGCAGCUGUCUAGGCCCCUUACUUUUUUCAAUCUUUACUAACAACAUGCCACUGGCUUUGAUUUAAAGCCAGUGUGUCUAUGUAUGCGGAUGACUCAACACUAUACAUGUCAGCUGCUACAGCGACUGAAAUGACUGCAACACUUAACAAAGAGCUGCAGUUAGUUUCAGAAUGGGUGGCAAGGAAUAAGUUAUUUUCAAAAAGUAAAAGCAUUUUAUUUGGGACAAAUCAUUCACUAAACCCUAAACCUCAACUAAAUCUUGUAAUGAAUAAUGUGGAAAUUGAGAAAGUUAAGGUGACUAAACUGCUUGGAGUAACCCUGGAUUGUAAACUGUCAUGGUCAAAACAUAUUGAUGCAACAGUAGCUAAGAUGGGGAGAAGUCUGUCUAUAAUAAAGUGCUGCUCUGCCUUCUUAACAACACUAUCAACAAGGCAGGUCCUACAGGCCGUAGUUUUGUCGCACCUGGACUACUGUUCAGUCGUGUGGUCAGGUGCCACAAAGAGGGACUUAGGAAAAUUGCAAUUGGCUCAGAACAGGGCAGCACGGCUGGCCCUUGGAUGUACACAGAGAGCUAAUAUUAAUAAUAUGCAUGUCAAUCUCUCCUGGCUCAAAGUGGAGGAGAGAUUGACUUCAUCACUACUUGUAUUUGUGAGAGGUAUUAACAUGUUGAAUGCACCAAGCUGUCUGUUUAAACUACUGGCACACAGCUCAGACACCCAUGCAUACCCCACAAGACAUGCCACCAGAGGUCUCUUCACAGUCCCCAAGUCCAGAACAGACUAUGGGAGGCGCACAGUACUACAUAGAGCCAUGACUACAUGGAACUCUAUUCCACAUCAGGUAACUCAGUCAAGCAGUAAAAUCAGAUAAAAAAAACAGAUAAAACUACACUUUAUGGAACAGCGCGGACUGUGAAGAGACACACACACACACAGGUACAGACACAUGCACACACACACAUUAUAACAUACGCACUAUACACACACGUACACAUGGAUUUUGUGUUGUAGAUAUGUGGUAGUGGUAGAGUAGGGGCCUGAGGGCACACAGUGUGUUGUGAAAUCUGUGAAUGUAUUGUCAUGUUUUUUAAAUUGUAUAACUGCCUUAUUCUGCUGCGACCCCAGGAAGAGUACGCUUGCUGCCUUGGCCGGAACUACAUGGGGAUCCCAUAUAAACACCAGGAAGAGUAGCUGCUGCCUUGACAGGAAACUAAUGGGGAUCCAUAAUAAACCCCAGGAAGAGUAGCCGCUGCCUUGGCAGGAAAACUAAUGGGGUCCAUAAUAAACCCCAGGAAGAGUAGCAUGCUGCCCUUGACAGGAACUAAUGGGGAUCCAUAAUAAACCCCAGGAAGAGUAGCUGCUGCCUUGACAGGAACUAAUGGGGAUCCAUAAUAAACCCCAGGAAGAGUAGCUGCUGCCUUGGCAGGAACUAAUGGGGAUCCAUAAUAAAUCCCAGGAAGAGUAGCUGCUGCCUUGGCAGGAACUAAUGGGGAUCCAUAAUAAACCCCAGAAGAGUAGCUGCUGCCUUGAUCAGAACAAUGGGAUCCAUAAUAAACCCCAGGAAGAGUAGCUGCUGCCUUGCAGGAACUAUGGGGAUCCAUACAACCCCAGGAAGAGUAGCUGCUGCCUUGGCAGGAACUAAUGGGGAUCCAUAACAAACCCCAGGAAGAGUACUGCUGCCUUGGCAGACUAAUGGGGAUCCAUAAUAACCCCAGGAAGAGUAGCUGCUGCCUUGGCAGGAACUAAUGGGGAUCUAAUAAACCCCAGGAAGAGUAGCUGCUGCCUUGGCAGGAACUAUGGGAUCUAAUAAAAAUAAACCCCAGGAAGAGUAGCUGCUGCCUUGGCAGGAACUAAUGGGGAUCCAUAAUAAACCCCAGGAAGAGUAGCUGCUGCCUUGGCAGGAACUAAUGGGGAUCCAUAAUAAACCCCAGGAAGAGUAGCUGCUGCCUUGGCAGGAACUAAUGGGGAUCCAUAAUAAAUACAAAUACAAAUAUAAAUACCUGCUGAUUUCACUUCCUAUGUACAUCUCCUGCUCUCAUUCGUCACAAUGCUCUGGAAUUUAUUCCGACACGAUACAUGAUUCUAGAAUGACUUGAAUACUGUAUGGUUAGACCAAGCUGUGUGAUCAGGAUGUAAUUGUGCUGUUGUCUCCUAGGUUCUGGAGGGGAGGCCCAUCUAUGUGGACUGCUAUGGUAACUUAGCUCCUCUGACCAAGGCUGGACAGCUACUGGUGCUCAACUUCUACGCAUUCAAAGAGAACCGGCUUCCUUUCUGUGUGAAGGUACAUAUACUAUACUACUGUCUGGUUGUCCUCCACCGACUCAUGGCCUGGGUAGUGAUGGAACCAGGACUGACUCAUGGCCUGGGUAGUGAUGGAACCAGGACUCAUGGCCUGGGUAGUGAUGGAACCAGGACUGACUCAUGGCCUGGGUAGUGAUGGAACCAGGACUGACUCAUGGCCUGGGUAGUGAUGGAACCAGGACUGACUCAUGGCCUGGGUAGUGAUGGAACCAGGACUGACUCAUGGCCUGGGUAGUGAUGGAACCAGGACUGACUCAUGGCCUGGGUAGUGAUGGAACCAGGACUGACUCAUGGCCUGGGUAGUGAUGGAACCAGGACUGACUCAUGGCCUGGGUAGUGAUGGAACCAGGACUGACUCAUGGCCUGGGUAGUGAUGGAACCAGGACUGACUCAUGGCCUGGGUAGUGAUGGAACCAGGACUGAUAGGAACAAACAGCUUUAGAACAAGGCCUGGAGGCCACAUCCUAGUUCCAUCCUGCCUGCCAGCUCAUCUGAUUGAUCUGUCACUGGCUUCCUGAACUCUGCUGCUGCAACAUGGCUUUCCUUCCCUGUGGAUCCUGUGACCCCUUCCAACAGGUCCAUACUGACCCUGUCUAUGGCUACUGAACUGGAUCACUGGGUUUAAUGAGUACUCGCCCUUCAUGAGUUCAUUUGACCCUCAGGAACUCUUAGGAUAGAGGCUUCCUGACAUCACAGUAGUAGAGUUGAUAGCAUGGAAUCUAUAGCAUCAAGAACCAUAAACUGUGUGCAUUCUUUCAUGUAGUGAAUAUCACCUAAACGCUUUGGUUACUCUCUAGGUCAGAGACAACAGCCAGGAGCCGUGUGGCCGUCUGACGUUCCUGAAGGAGACCACUAAGACCACUAAGGGUCUCCCCCAGACGGCCGUGUGUAACCUGAACAUCACCCUACCUGCGCUGAAGAAGGUGAGCGCUCAGCUGUUGUCAUGGCUGUGUUCCAUAUCAUCCCAUGCUCAUUCAGGGGGGAUAGAGCAGGAUGCUAGAGGCAAAGGGCUUCCUGAGUCUGUCUUUUAUCUGUUUACAGCUUCAUAGUGCUUCAUAGUGGUUAUCUUUGGCUGUUUCCUAGCCAACCAAAUCUCCCGUCUGAUUUGGGACUUUAUGCUUUGGUGCCUUUCUCUUUCCAACUGGCUGACUGGGGUUGUUGCCGUGGUUUCUGUUAGAUUCUCAAUGCUUUUUUCUGUGUUUUUAUUUGCUGGCUUCUCUAACUGUUUCUGUCAAUCACUCCUUUUCACAUCCUGUCCAUUCCCCUCCUUAUUCCACCUGUUUCUGCAAUGCAUCUUGGGAACCCAAGGAAAUGGAGUCAGACCCAGAUGAAGAGGUAAUAUACAGUACCCUGGUGACCUUUACCCCGUCCCUCCAUGGCUCUGUGCUUCUCUGGUGACCUUUACCCCGUCCCUCCAUGGCUCUGUGCUUCUCUGGUGACCUUUACCCCGUCCCUCCAUGGCUCUGUGCUGUUCAAUAAGGCUCUGCUCUGUGUGUCCUCUGUCCUCUGUUCUGUCCUCUGCUGCCAUAUGAUCAUCUGGCUUUGCUUCUGGUAAGCAUCUAUACACUGCAUGAUGGAAACCCUGGGCUCUACCUCUACCCAUCCAUCCAUGUCCCCUGAUCUGUCCCCUUUAGGAAAACACUCUUAAGUUAACCAUGCAGAGCUGUUGGUGAUUUACUUCUUAGAUUGUAAUAUGAACAAUUUCUAGAUGACGAAUUAGCCAAAUUGAUUUCCUUUACAUAUGUUGUUAAUAGGCUAGCGUUAAGGAUUUACAGUGUUUUGUUAACGUAACAAUGUUGAAGUAACUUGGCCAGUUUAGUUAUCACAGUUACUAUAAGAGACAAGUUAAUAAACCCCCCCAGGGAUAGCGGGAACCAACCCACCCAUGGUAUAGCGGACCAACCUCACCCCAGGGGAUAGUGGGAACCAACCCACCCAGGGAUAGAGGGAACCAACCCCCCAGGGAUAGCUAAACCCACCCAGGGAUAGCGGGAACCAACCCACCCAGGGAUAGCGGGAACCAACCCCCCCAGGGAUAGCGGGAAACCAACCCCCCCAGGGAUAGCGGGAACCAACCCACCCAGGGAUAGCGGGAACCAACCCACCCAGGGAUAGCGGGAACCAACCCACCCAGGGAUAGCGGGAACCAACCCACCCAGGGAUAGCGGGAACCAUUUACUUGCGUUUAGAAACCAUACAUUUCAGAUCCUAUUGAUCUGAGGAGUUCAGUAGUUAGGUGAUGUCAGGUCAUCAGUAGUUAGGUGAUGUCAGGUCAUCAGUAGUUAGGUGAUGUCAGGUCAUCAGUAGUUAGGUGAUGUCAGGUCAUCAGUAGUUAGGUGAUGUCAGGUCAUCAGUAGUUAGGUGAUGUCAGGUCAUCAGUAGUUAGGUGAUGUCAGGUCAUCCAUCCUCUAACAGAGAGAACUGAUAGGACUGUGUGUUGUUGUUGCAGACAGAAAAGCCAGAACGACGUCAUACCUUUACAUCUCUAGCCUUGCGUAAGCGUUACAGCUAUCUCGCCGAGCCCGCCAUGAGUGAGUGUGACAUUUUCACUAACUUCUAUAACAAUAAUAAUAAUAAUAUGCUUGGAGUUGAUUUGCAUUAACAUGUAACAUAUUGAGUGAACAACACAGAUUAUAGCUAUUACAUAUUUAUAUGUGAUAUAUGCAUAUUCUCACCUACAUAACUUGUAUUGUAAGUCCACAUGCUUGUUUUUGACAUGGUUUCCUUUGCAUGGUUUUGUUUCAUUAGUAUUUUAAGUUACUGUGCUGUGCUUGCCCACAAUGUGAUAUAUAUAUAUUUAUUUUUUUAAGAUAUUAUUUUUUCACCGGCAAUAAAAUAACUCAAAUCGCGACAUACAGAUUUAGCUUUGAUUGACUAACAUAAUGAUUAGCUUGUUUAUUGUAGAAACCUUGCUCUUUUUGGCUUUGUGAUUGUGUAGCGUCUUCGUUCUGUUGCAUGGAAGGUCAUUGCUGACUUUUCUCUCAGCUGCUACAGUUUCCACCGUAGUCGCUUGUCGCUAAGGCUACUCAGUCUUGCAUGACAUGCACAGAUAUCAUGGAGCUAAAACCUAGAGCUGUGUUUCGCCAUAUAUCUUGCUGUGAAACAGACAGAUGGAGGCUUCUGUAUAGUGUUGACCUCUGUUUUGUCAGAACACCCUAAUUAGGGAAUGGAAACGUGGAAUUUCAGACCAAACAGAUAAAAGGCACUGAUGCAGAUUGAUCUGCUAGCCGGGGGCAGAGGAAUAUAGCACAUCCAAAGUCUAAAGAGAGAAGUUUGAUGUUAUUCUGGGUUCUGUGCAUUUGUCUUGUUGCCGUGUAUAUGUUUAGUUUGUCUUGUUGCCGUGUAUAUGUUUAGUUUGUCUUGUUGCCGUGUAUAUGUUUAGUUUGUCUUGUUGCCGUGUAUAUGUUUAGUUUGUCUUGGUCUUAGUGGUUGUGUUGCUGUAUGUGUUUCAUUGGGCUUCUUUACCAUCUUACUGUGUAACGUUGUCGGAACCAUGGAUCAUAGUGGAUCAUAUUUCCUUUACGGCUGCAUUUUUACCAUCAUUCCCCAUUUCAACUCUUCAUCAAAGCAUUGUUCUUCCUCCCUUGAUAAUAGAAGCGUCACUGACACAUUCUUUUCCUCUGGUCUCUCUGUUUUUCAACCAUUUUCUGUUGAUUUUCUGUUGGAUUUCAUUUUGCUUAUUUAAGAAACAGUUGAGCGAAGCACAGCAAGAACACUGCCUGCUGGUUACGCUCACAAACCUGUCUUUUCAACAAGAUCUUACCAGGCAUGGUCGGCUGCGCCUCUUCCCCACACUGUCCAAGCAAGGUGUGGACUGGGCGCCCUCUCCAGCUCACCGUCCAACACACCAUCUGCAUCGCCACUAAAGUCUGUCUGGUUGCUCUCCUCUGCCUCUCCAAUCAAAUCCACCCUCGGAGCCUCACCAUCACAUUCAGUCAAGUCCUCUGGCGACGUAGCUUCUUCACCUGUCAGAUCCUA